GGCCCAGCAAGCGCCACCGUUGGCCCCGCAAGCACCCCAGCAGGCCCGCCAAGCGCCACCGAUGGCCCCACAGCCAUAACCGAUGGCCCGCCAAGCGCCACCGUUGACCCCGCAGCCACCGAUGGCCCAGCAAGCGCCCCCGCUGGCCCGGCAAGCACCCCCGCAGCGACCGCUGGCCCGGCAAGCACCCCCGCAGCGACCGCUGGCCCGGCAAGCGUCCCCGCAGCCACGGCAAGCGCCCCCGCAGCGACCGCUGGCCCGGCAAGCGCCCCCGCAGGCACCCUCGGCCGCGCCGGCACCAUCAACGCAGGCACCCUCGGCCGCGCCGGCACCAUCAACGCGGGCACCCUCGGCCGCGCCGGCACCAUCAACGCAGGCACCCUCGGCCGCGCCGGCACCAUCAACGCGGGCACCCUCGGCCGCGCCGGCACCAUCAACGCAGGCACCCUCGGCCGCGCCGGCACCAUCAACGCAGGCACCCUCGGCCGCGCCGGCACCAUCAACGCAGGCACCCUCGGCCGCGCCGGCACCAUCAACGCAGGCACCCUCGGCCGCGCCGGCACCAUCAACGCAGGCACCCUCGGCCGCGCCGGCACCAUCAACGCAGGCACCCUCGGAUCAUAAGAUAUUUUUGCUUGUACCUCCUUAUUCUCAGAUUCAAAUAAAACUUUUCCACCCCCAAUUUUUGCUGUCAUUUCUGUUGGUUUGGCUCUCGGUGGACUGA